CGAGACUAUUCUUCGUUUUGUGGAAUGGUUGGCAACCCUUUAAAUACAGCCAUUUUUAUGUGCUAUUCAAACCCACCAGUAAACCUCCAAAGGUUUUAUUUGGCAUGUUGAUGGUGGUAAAUAGUGGCAACUCUGACUUAAUGUUUACAUUUUUGCCACACAACACCCUGCAUGUAUCCCUCCACCAUUUUAAUGAUAUGUGAUAAAAAAUAAAAACAGUACAGACGGGUAUGGUGAUGUUCAGCUAUCAGUUCUGAGGUACACAGUAGAGGAAAAUUGGUGUGGAAUGGCUGCAGUUGAAGGAGGAAGAGCAGCUGGUUUAAAGGAAACAAGCUGUUUGCUGAUAAAGAGCUGCUUAAAAGUGGAGUGAGGAGAAAAUAUAGAGGGACUUUCAGGGACUUUCAGCAGCAGAACCUCCAGCAGCAACAUAAUGAUUCCCUUUCUCAGCCUUUUCCUCCUGGCCCACUGUUGCUGGGUAGUGAUGUCCAGCGGUUGCCAGAGUGACAGAAACACUGACCACAGGCCACGGGUCAGCUGUGUGGGCCAGGGUCUGACAGCAGUGCCUGAUGGUAUCGACGAUAAAACAGAGGUUUUGGUUCUGUCCCAAAACCAGUUCAGCUCACUGUCCUGGACUGCUUACAGCAGAUACACUCACCUACAUGAGCUGGACCUGGGCCAAAACCACAUCAAGGUCAUUGACCCAUCAGGUCCAGAGUUACAGAACCUCCGUGUACUCCGGUUGUCCAAUAACAAGCUGGAAGGUUUGGGUGGCCGGGUGUUCCGCUUCGCCCCUGCUCUAAUGGAGGUGUAUCUGGAUGGAAAUGCUAUCCGUACCCUACAUGACGCCUCUUUCAGUGACCUCCCACUGUUAGAAGUCAUCAACCUCUCUGGAAACAAGCUGCCUGCACUGCCACGUCGCCUGCUAGAAUCCAUCUCCUCCACCAGCCUGAAGACCUUUGAUCUAGAAGACAACCGUAUCAAGCACAUGCCUGAUGGUUUUUUCUCCUCCAAGCCUGAGCUGCCCUACGUCUACUUGUCCCAGAACCCCUGGCUGUGCAGCUGUCAGGUGGGCUACCUGCGGCAGUACCUUGACGACCAGGGCCAUAAUGUAUACAAACAUACUGGUCCUGCCAAGGGGACAGAGGUCACUGUGGCUGCAGAACUUCCUAGAGAUAGAGUGAUAAAAGCCAGCUUUGAAAAUGACCCAGAGAGUGUUGUGUGCGCUGGUCCACUAUCCUUACAAGGGUUCCCCAUCGUGGAUCUGCAGGAGGAUCAGUACUGCAGCACAAAUACACCUUCACUACUCGAGCAUGACACACACUUACAUACUUCACCCAGUCAACCAAUAACAACAGCUGAACCUGUAAAGAUUAUCCCAACAACUAUGAAGGCUACUACCACAACCCCACAAACAGCAUUGGUAAGCACUCUACCCACAUCUGGCCACGUUGUGCAAGCGUUCACCAUGCCUAGCAUGUGGACCAGACUGGAAACACAGACUGUGAGGCAUUUUUUGUACGAAGUGUGGACUCGUUGGAUCUCACAGUCCAGGACAAUGAAAGACAACAAAACAGCCAGAACUGAACUGAGCCAUAUGAGAACGUCCAAAAUGUUCUCUACAGCCACACACAAUCACGGAACCUUGCUGAUCCCAGUGACCUGGACUUCUAAACCGGCAGAUAGACCCCAAUCCACAUCUACCAGCCAUCAAAGUACUUUAAUUACUACAUCUCCUCUUACGUCCACUCUUGAUACAAGAACCUCACUAACCUCUACAUCUCUCCAGGUCACUACACCCCAACCCAUAUCUUCCACAACCUAUCAAAAGACCUCCAGAACAUCCUCUUCUUCUGCUCCUGCUCCCAAAACCUUCAAUCCCUUCAACCAUGCCUUGGGUGCCUCACAAUCAAUGUCUGGUUGCAUGGUGCCGUGGUGCUGGUGGCUCUUUGCCGGCUUCUUGCCACUUUGCGUCCUCUCAGCCCUCUGCUCUUGCAUGCUCUUUCUCUGGAUCCUUGUCACCUACAUCACUCUGUACCGGCCAAUCCGGCGGCAAAUUCACAAGCAGGAAGAUGUGACCCUGCUGACUUUCCAGACCAGUCCAGAAGGCACCGGAGGGUUAGGGACAGAGAACGGUGUGAUGUUUCUGCCCCAGGAGAAGAUUCCCAUAGAGAGCCAGGCAGUGUUCCGCUCAGUUCUGUUCAUUGUAAAAGAAGACGAGGGGGCAGAAGGUGACACAAAAAGAGAGGUAGAAAAAGAUAAAGAUGGCAAAAGUUUUGCCGUAUCUAAAGUAGAACUCGUGCCGGCAGUGGAGGAGAAGCGGAUGGAGGUGACAAUGCACGAUGAGAGACAGAGCACAGACAGGAAGGACAUAUUCAGGAAGACCCUAUACAGGGUGAUAAGCCGAGAGGAAGAGAUAGAAGGAUGGAGGGAGGUAGAGGAGAGCUGGGGGGAGGCCGAGAGUGGGAUGGAAGGCAGAGUAGUGGAGAGAGGGAAGAAGCGCUAUAGUCUGAUUCUGAGGGAAGAGGGGGGGAAAGUGGAGGACAGGGAUGAAGGGAUGGAGUGGUUGGUAGGAGAGUGGGAGAUGGGAGGAGGGGGAGGGAUGAAGAGAGGAAGCUGGGGAUCUUUUAUUAGAAGGAUAGAGAGCGGGGCUUCCCUGACUCCACCCACACCUGUGGCAGCUGUGGCACAAGCUGUCACACCUGAGAGUAACAUAGGCGGGGCUAUAUCCAUAAGAGGUGGGGCUACACAGAAUGGAAGCAGAGAUGUAUCUGAAAAAGCUGGAGCCUUAUCCAAGAGAGGUGGGGAUAUAGCCAAGAAAGGUGGUGCUAUUCAUAUCACAAACAAAGCUAUACUGGAUGGGGGUGGGGCUACAGGUGGGUUUGUACUAGAGAUAUAGCUGGGGCUAUAUCUGAAAGUGAUGUACUUAUAUUUGAGGGAGGGGGGGCUACAGCUUUUUAGGUGUGGGUUCAGAUUCUUUACAGACGCGGUUAAUUGGCUGCUGCUGUAUAUAACAUUUUAUUAUUUUUUUGUCUCAAUACAUUAGUGGGUGGAAUAAAAUAAUGUUAGAGUUAAGUUUCACCUUAAUUAAAAUAAAAUUAUUUUUAUUACUUUUUGACUUCUGAUUUUUUUAUUUAGUGAAUUUUUACAGAGGUUCCUGAGGAUUGUGUGCUCGUUUAGCAGUGUAGCAUGGCUGUGUGUAGUAGUGUUAUGUGUAUGCUGGUCUAUCUCUGCAUUAAAAUAAAGCCAUCUGUUUCCUGAUUGGAGUGUCAUCACUGUUUCUCAGUCCUCAGCUCAUAUUUCUCUCUCAGAGUGACUCUUACUAACCAGUGAUAGCAUAUAGAAUGAGCAGAACAAGCAGAACUGCUCAGUAAAGAAAGUCCCUUUUUUCCAACAGCAGCAGAUUUGGUCUUAAAAUCUAUGUUGUACAUACCAAUCAAUUAUGUAAACUAGUUUUAGGGCCAUUUUUGUUACAUUAUUUAUAAAUUUAACCCCCAUGUUUUUUUUGCUACAGAUUUUAAACUGACAUAACGUAAUAGUAAGGUUGCAAGGUUGGACAUUUUUUAGUACAAAUCUAACAAUCUUAAAAAAUUACAUAGAUCUGAGUUUCUUGCAUGCAAAGCCAUUCCAGUGUCACUACAGCUCUGAGACCCUCCACCCAAAUAAUAGACCACUGCAGUC